AUGUACAGUAGUAAUCAUAAAAGUAGAAUCCUAACUUCGAUACUAGUGAUAGUGUUGAGUAUAGCACUCACCACAGAUGCCUACUUGCCUGGUAUGCAAUUGCAUACCUAUGAUGACAGCGAAUCAGUCCCAUUAAAGGUCAACAAGAUCACAUCUAAACAUACUCAAAUCCCAUACAAAUACUAUGAUCUUCCAGGCAUCUGUCAACCAAGAGAUGUCAGAGAUGACCAAGAGAACCUUGGUGAAAUCUUGUUGGGUGAUAGAUUAGAGAAUUCACUUUAUCAAAUUAAUUUCAAUGAAUGGAAGAAAGAUGGAGCUAGUUGCAAAGUAUUGAAUUAUAAUAUGACCGAUAAGUGUCCACCAGUCAUCAAGGGAUCAGCCUUGAAAGAUUUGAGUGAAAAGAUCAACAACGAAUACAAGGUGCAUUGGUUAUUGGAUGGUUUACCAGUUAGACAAUCAAGUGAUGUUAAUGCUGGUAUCCCAGAACCAGGUUAUCCAUUGGGUUACAAAGGAAAAGAUAGAAUUUCAGAGGGAAAUGAAGCCAACAAGAAUUAUAUCUAUAAUCAUAUAAAUAUCAAGGUAAUCUAUCACAAACUUGCUGAAGAGGAUACAUCAUAUCAAAUUGUUGGAUUUGAAGUGACACCAGAAAGCAAAGCAUACGCACCUGACAAAUGGGAUGAAACCACCCGUUGUCCAGCACCAACUGGAGGACGUCAAUCAGUGUCGGUGACCGAUGCUAGCAAGGACACAGAGUACAUUCUCUGGACAUACAGCGUCACCUUUGAAAAGAGUGAUGUCUCUUGGAACAAACGUUGGGACAGUUACUUGGCAUCGGGUCAAAACUCGAUCCAUCUCUUCUCAAUCCUCAACUCUCUCAUGAUUGUAUUCUUCCUCACAGUCAUGGUUGCCAUGAUUUUGAUGCGUACCUUAAAGGCUGACUUCCGUCGUUACAACUCGAUCGACGCCUCUGAAGAGGCUGAAGAGACUGGUUGGAAGAUGAUCCACGGUGAUGUCUUCCGUCCACCCUCGCGUCCAAUGUUGUUGUCAGUGUUGGUUGGUUCGGGUGUCCAGGUGUUUACCAUGUGUUUUACCACCAUGAUCUUUGCCAUCCUCGGUUUCAUGUCACCAGGCAAUAUUGGUGGUCUUGCUACCGCCCUCAUCGUCCUUUUCGUCAUCAUGGCCAUGUUUGCUGGUUAUUUCUCUACUCGUACUUUUGUUACUCUUAAAUGUCGCAACUGGAAGAAAAAUACUGUUUAUACUGCAUUUGCAUUACCAGGUGUAGUAUUUGGUAUUUUCUUUAUUAUUAAUAUGUGUUUGAGAGGAGCUCAUUCAUCGGCAGCUGUACCAGUCUCGACUCUUUUCUCAUUGAUUGCCAUGUGGUUUGGUAUUUCCGUUCCACUUGUCUUUGCCGGAUCGUAUUUUGCUUUCAAGAAGCCAGCUCCACAAGAUCCAGUCCGUACCAAUCAAAUCCCACGUCAAAUUCCAGACCAAAUCUGGUACAUGUCGCCAACCGUCUCUAUCCUUAUGGGUGGUAUCCUUCCAUUUGGUGCCAUCUUUAUCGAACUCUACUUUAUCCUUUCCGCACUCUGGGACAAUACCUUUUACUAUAUCUUUGGUUUCCUAUUUGUCGUUUUACUCAUUUUAAUCGUUACCUCUGCUGAAAUUACUAUCGUCAUGUGUUACUUCCAACUUUGUGCUGAGGAUUAUCAUUGGUGGUGGAGAUCUUACCUUACAUCUGGUGCCUCUGCAUUGUUUAUGUUCUUGUAUUCCAUCUUGUUCUUUAGAAGACUCGAAAUAUCAAAGUUUGUUUCCAUCAUGUUAUACUUUGGUUAUUCAUUUAUUAUGGCACUUGGUUUCUUUGUCAUGACUGGUGCUAUUGGUUAUUAUUCAUGUUUUUACUUUGUCAGAAAGAUUUAUAGUUCAAUUCAUAUUAAUUAG